GAUGAAAGUUAUACAGUGAUAGCAAUGAAAACAUUUAAUGAUGAAGUAUUAGUAUUUAAAAAUGCUGUGAUAAUUAAAAAUACUGUAGACAGAUGGAUGCAUAAAGUUAUUGAUCAAAUGCGAAAAUCAAAUCGUUUUAUGAUUAAAAAAGCUGUAUUGGAUUUAGGAUUUGUCUCAAAUUCAAGUAAUAGAUUUGAUUGGAUAAAUAAUUUUCCACUAUCAGUUUGCUUAACUGCAGAUAAUGUGUGGUGGACUGUUGAAGUAGAAAAUGUUUUUAAUGAAAUUAAAUUAGGUAACCGUUUAAGCAUGAAACAAUAUUUGAACCAAUUGAAUAAAAAAAUCAAUGAUAUAGUUUUACAAAGUAGAAAAGAAAUGUUGGAAAAUAGAAGAAAUAAAUAUAGUUCUAUAAUAAUUUUAGAUGUUCAUCAUAGGGACAUUAUUGAAUCAUUUGUUAUAAACAAUGUGAUUUUUGGAAAAUCAUUCGAAUGGGACAGUGUUAUUAAAACAUACUGGAUAAAAAGCAAGGACAAUUUAUAUUUAUCACAGUGUUCAGGUCUUUUUGAUUAUGGAUAUGAAUUUACGGGAUCAAAUAAAAACAUUGUUAUAACCCCAUUAACCAAUCGUAUAUUUUUAACAUUCACCCAAGCAUUAAUGAUGUGCUUAGGUGGUGCAACUUAUGGUCUUAGUGGAACUGGUAAAACCGAUACUAUUAUGGCUAUGGCAACAAUUUUUGGCAAUAUAUGUAAAGUUAUUAAUUGUAGUGAUGGGUUAGACCAUCAGACAUUUAGUCAGUUUUUAAAUGGAAUUUGCCAAAGUAAAAUUUGGGGAUUGUUUACCAAGUUCACUAGAAUUUCUCAAAAAACAUUGUCUGUUAUAUCAACUUUACUAUUAUCCACGAAAUGGACACUAUUUGGAAACAAAAAUGAAAAUAAUUUCCAGGAAUACAAUUUAAGUAUAAGUCCAAAAAUUGGUAUAUUUAUUACUUUAAAUAUUGAAGAAAUUAAUGUGAAAAAAAAAGAGAUUGAUGAAAUAAUAAAAAGUCAUUUUAGACCAGUUAUUUGUCUUCUCCCAGAUUUUGAACAGAUAUGCUUCACUAUUUUAUAUUCUGAAGGAUUUUUAGAAGCUAAAGUGAGGUCUUCGAAAAUAAUUAUUCUGAAUUAA